AUGUCAUUAGAAUCGUUAUCUAUAGGUAAUGAGUUGAAAGACUCAUUCAAACCAACAUCUAAAUGGAUCAACAACGGGGUCGAAUGGUUGAGCGAUAUUGAUGAAUUCUAUAAAGAAAGAGCUACAAUUGAAAGAGAAUAUGCCACAAAACUUAAGGAAUUAACUAAGAAGCAUUUCGAUAAGAAAGCUAAGAAUUCAACUCAUUUAUCUGUUGGUGAUGAUCCUCAAAUUACUCCGGGAUCUUUGGAAAGUGCAUCGUUAGUUUUGUGGACUGAUGUACUAACCCAAACGGAAUUAAUUGCCGAUGAAAGAAAUAAAUUGGCUCAUGAUUUUACCACCAAGAUUGGUGAUACUUUAAUCACAUUGAAAAGUAAAACCAGUAGUUUAGCCAAAAGAAUUGAAGUUAUUCAUGAUUAUUUGAAAGAUGAAAGAAACAAAAUCGAAGAUGAUGUAGCCAAAGCAAAGAAACAUUAUGAUUCUUUAUGUUCUAAUACUGAAAGUGCUAGACAAAAGACCGAAAAAUCCCUGAGUGAUAAGUAUCAGAAGAGAUUAGAAGAAAAGGAAGUUGAAAUGAAUAUCGGAAAGAACGACUAUCUUAUUAAAAUCAACAUAGCUAACCGUUUGAAGGAUAAAUACUAUUAUCAAGAUAUUCCAGAAUUAUUAGAUUACUAUCAAGAAUUGAAUGAAUCAAGAGUAGGAAUCUUGAAUAAAAUCAUCAAGAAUGCUAAUAUUGUAGAAAGGAACUGUAAUGAUAGAAUCAAAGAACGUUUAACUACCAUUGAUAAAACCAUCGAAGAGAAUAAUCCAAAAUUGGAUACUGCAAUGUAUAUUAAACAUAAUCUUAUUGAUUGGAAAGAACCUCAAGAUUUUUACUUUAUCCCAAGUUCGAUUUGGCAUGAUGAUGAAAGUCUCAUAGUCAAAGAACCAGAAUUGACUGAUUUAAAACGUCAAUUAAAUAAAUCUUCAAUUGAAUAUAGUAAAUAUGAAGAUAGUGCAUUAAACAUUAAACAAGAUCUAGAAGAAAGCGUGAUAGAAAGAAAGAAAGAAAGUGAUCAAACAUUGAAAUUCGAUACUAAAUUCGCUAGAUCAUUGACAUUAUUAAGUAAUUUUAUGAAAGAAGAUACUCAUAGAGUUAAAAAUGAGGUAAUCAUAGAAGUGAUUCAAAAUUUCGCUGGUGGUAAAGAUUUAUCAUAUCAGGAGGAAGCUAAAGUUAAGAAAUCAAGAUUUGGACUCUUUAAAAAUAAGAAACAUGAUGAAGAUAAUGGUUCAGAUGGUCAAUCUUUACAUACAGUCACUUCUUCUACCAGUCAUAAAACCAUUGGUUCUAAUGGAGGAUUAUUCAAUUUAAGAAGACAUAGAGCUAAAUCUAAUGCAUCAGCACCUGAUCCUUCAGGAACAACAGGGAAAGCAUUAUAUAAGUAUGAUGCUACAGGAGAUGAUGAGACUUCAGUUGAGGUAGGUGAUAUAUUUAAUGUCAUUGAUGAAGAUGAUGGUUCUGGAUGGACUAUGAUUAAUAAUAAUGGUAAAGAAGGGUUAGUGCCUACAUCUUAUAUCACUAUAAUCCCUGGUUCAUCACCAGCUCCUUCAGACACUCCUAAAAAGAAAGGUCCUAGUGUAGCACCUAAAAGAGGAGCUAAAAGAAUUCAAUACGUUGAAGCCUUAUACGAUUAUGUUGCUGAUGGAGAUGAUGAAAUCAGUAUCAGUCAAGGAGAUAAAAUAAUCUUAAUUCAAGAAGAUUUAGAUGGUAGUGGAUGGACAGAGGGUGAAAUUAAUGGAUCAAAAGGACUUUUCCCUACGAGUUAUGUUAAAAAAAUUUAA